AUGAGGCUUCUCUUCGAAAAGGUCCGGCGCCUGGAGAGCGAGCAACAUCGCAGCCAUCAACCCCUCUGGGCGAAACCACGGCCAGGGCCCUUUACUGAGCGUAUCCUCCACUACCACCAGGAGAAAGAUAUCCAGCCACUCCGCAUCGCUUUCUACACUGGCACGGAGGAUCCUCUCACCCACAUCCACUCCUUCCAGUCUGCCCUUGGGUGCAAAGGCCUCACUGAUGAAGGCAUGCUCCACCCCCGCACCAUCAACUCUUUUGAUAGUCUCAAGCAGACGUUCCUGGAACAUUUUAUGAUCCAGACUGAUCGCCUAUACUCUGCCGACGACUUGUAUAUGCUUCGGCAAGCUGAGGACGAACCCCUUCGGGAGUAUGCAGCUCGGUUCAGCCAUGAAUACUCCCGCUGCCCAGACACUGACGAUCGCGCUGCCUUCGGCGCUUUCAAGAGCGGCCUCCGCGAGUCCAACUUCCGCUACCUGGUUCAUAGCAAUAGUUGGAACACAUAUACAGAGCUGAUGAAGCAGGCGGCGAUCCACGCUAAGGCUGAAUACUUCAAUUCCAAGCGUGGCCCAGCCAACCUGGCGCGCAACACUUUCGCCGAUCCUCCACCUGCUUCAGCACCCACCCCAGCCCCACCUCAGCAUUCUACCCCUGCCCCGAGUGCCCAGGACAACCAACAACAUAAGCGGAAGGAUAGCUACCAGCAUCCCUUCGGCAAUAACAAGCGUGGCAGACACGGCAACCACCACCACUCUAGCGGAGGCAACCCUCCUAAGACCAGUGAUCGGGCCCCUCUUCCCUUCACACCCAGGCCCAGGUUCGAGGUUUUCACGACCCUCAACACCACCUAUGAGAACGUCCUGGUGCGUGAAGCCCCCAUCAUCCCCAAGCCACCCCCCCGGAGACCAUCCAACAAGCCUAUGCCAAACACGGGGGUCUUCUGCCGCUUUCACCAAUUCAGCGGCCAUGACACCGAGUCUUGUGUUGCGUUGCGCAACAUAAUUGAAGGGCUCAUCCGGGAAGGGAAGCUGGACAACUACGUGCGCAACAUACCAGCCCCGCCUAACCCUCACCAGCGACAAAUCAACAUGAUCUCCACCAUCAGCGGAGGCCCUACCCUGGCCGGCACCUCCAACAACUCCAUCAAACAUUAUGUCCGCUCCACCUAUGCGCACCAGGUCUUCAGCACCGAGCAGGGACGCUUGCCGAAGACCCACAGGUCUGGCUGGGCCCCCAUUACCUUCUGCGAGGAGGAGGAGCGUGGUGUUAUCCUCCCCCAUGACGACCCACUCAUUAUCCGGGCUGACAUUUCUAACUUUGACGUUGGGCGUAUCCUGGUGGACACUGGCAGCUCGUCAGUGUGA